AUGACAAAGAAGAAACUAUCAGAAAAAUACAAACAGAAACUAUCAAAACAUCCUAUACCUAAAUCAAAUAAUCCACAAGGAAUAACUGUUGUUAGUGAAUUUGUUCGACAAUUUGUUCGACGUCAUGUUAAUGAAAAUCAACGUAAUCAAUCUGAUUUAUAUUGGCGUCCAGGUUCUAAUAUUAGUCAUAAUAUAAAUCUAUUACCACAAUCAACAAAAAUUCAUCGAUUAAAACAGAAACAAACGUCUAUCACAAAUGACAACCCUAUCAAAAUGAAUCAUUCUAAUAUAAAGAAAAAAUCUUUCAAUAAAUCAAUAAUCAAUCAAAAACCAUCAAUUAUAUCAAUGAAUUUAUCCAAUCAAUUACAUAAUUUAUGGAAUGGUUAUUUUCAAUCUGUUAUGUCUAUUCUUCCUACUAAAUUAAAUGAUCAUAAUUGUAGUAAUUUUAAUUUAACAAAAAAUUUAGAUACAAUAUUACGUUUGAAUUUAAUUGGUGCUCAACUUAAAAUUCUACGUUCAACAUCAUGUCGAGUUGGUAUAGAAGGUAUUGUAGUAAUGGAAACAAAGAAUACAUUUUGUUUAGCAAUAAAUUCAUUACAUAAUCAAUUAUCAAGUGAAUCAUUAGUAACUCUUACUACUGUUCCAAAAUUAGGUUCAUUAUUUUCACUCACUUUACCUCAUAUUGUUAAUAAAUCAAAUAAUAAUCAUAAUAAACAUCAAAAAAUUGAAAUAUUACUUAAUGGUGAUCAUUUAACACAUCGAUCAGUUGAUCGAGCUAUACGUAAAUGGAGAUAUAUACCAACAACAGCAUAUGAAUAUAAUCAAAAUGCAUUAACAACUGAAGCUAUUUUAUCGAAUGUACUCAUUGAUAAUGUAAUAAAUAGAUGA